AUGUCUACCACUUGGCCGAAGCUGAAGUUGAAGCUGCUGCUGGUCGUGGCUUUCCUCUUGGGCCAAUGCCAGGCACACGCUGGAGCGAGUCACGAAGCCGGCAAAGUCAACAAUGUCACGCUGACUCCACCAGGACUCAUCGUCGCACAACAGCAGCAGCAACAGCAGGACGAGGAGCAGGACCAGGACCAACUGACACCACAUGCGGCCCCAUCGUCGCAGCGGAAACUCUCGAGAGGCAAGCGUUUUGUGGCCUUUCCCCAGGGUUCAUCAGCUUCGGGCGCCGUCUGUCUCACCACCGGUGUCAUCGGCAACCCCAACCUGCUGUACCUCAGUUUGGGCAUCAAUUGGGGCGUUGCCUACGACCUGCCCAAUGUCACCUGGGUCCUGCAGAAUGCCCACGGCUGGACCACCAAGAAAUCGGCCAAGGCGCAAAUCAAGCGCAGACAUCGACGGGAGCUCUACGGCCGCCUGGAGACAAUGAUAGACAGUCAUGAUUUAUGGCCACCGCCAACAUUGAUGACUAUGAUGGAACGUGCAGACGACUCUACUCCAACCACAACCACGACCACAUCCGCAUCUCUGGACACAUCCGCUCUCUCGAUGCCGUUCCAUCGUCGUUGGCUGCGGCGGCUCAGUCGUACGAAGCGUUAUCUCAGCUUUCCCGAGGGCUCCUCUUUUUCCGUUGCCGUCUGCUUCACGGUGGGCAUCAUUGGCAACCCCUACUAUGGCUACAACAGCUUCGGCCUCAACUGGGGAGUGGCAUAUGACCUGCCCAAUACCACCUGGGUGCUGCAGCAUCUGCACGGCUUCGCCACGCAUCCCGUGGCUCCGGCUGUCCUUCGUCGGCGUUCGCGGAGUACCAUUUACAAACAUAUAGAGACCAUAGUCAAUAACAUGGGCUACAAUGGACAUGACUGCGUCUUAAGGGCGCUCUGCGAGAGUCGACAGUGGUUUCAGAGCAACAAGAUGAACAUGAUUGGCGAGAUACUACGCACUAUAUUCAGCCUGCCAAAGCAAACACUCUUCACACGGGAACUGCGCGAGAAUCCGGAUAUAGUGCACUACGAUAAGGCAUAUCGCCAGGGACAUAUCACCGACUGCACCCAGUACAACUGUCACUUCUCGCUGCUGGAACUGGCCUAUGGGAAAUACUCUACGCCGCCUAAGAAUUAUUAUGCCUAAUAAAUAUCCGAUACUUAAAAGUGUUUCACGUCAAAUUUCUUUUAAAUGUCA